UCCUCGCCGUGUACCUCUAAAAAUCAACUGUCUGUAGUUGACAACAGGACGUACCUCGGGAGUCCGCACCAUGCCUGCGCCACUGGCCAAAGGCAUCAUAAUCGCUGCAUCCGUCCUCGUCGCCGCCGGCAUCGCCAUCUACGAGUCUCCCCAAGUCCGACAAUGGGUCGACCAGUCGCGCCGCAAGAUCGCCGUUGCCCUACACUCUCUUGGUGACGAGAUCCAGCCCCAACGUCGUUCGAGCGAGGCGUCCGAUGAGUUCGAGUCCCGGAAACAGAGGAGGGAGGACUUGGUUCGUAGGAACAGGAAUGAGUUGAUCAGGAGAGCCAGAGAGGAGGGCAUUGCGGUCGACUUGGACGAGCUGGCUAGGAUUGGGAGUGAGAACAUUGACAUGGCUGAGAGGAGGUCGAGGGCUGAUCGGACCAAGAGCUUUGACACAAUGGUGGGCAAUGAUGGGAUGCUUAGAAAGGACGCGCAAGCUACUGGGCAAGACUUGUCGAACAGCGGGCUGAGGCAGCGUGGCGUAGCUGGCUUUGCUGCUGGCACUGCGGCGGCGGCUACCAUGGCAAACCCCUUCUCUGACGACCAAGUCCUCUUCGACGACGAUGACGAGGAUGAAGCGCCUUCGCCGAAGCCUUUCAACUACGUCGAGCCUGGAACCCGCGAGAGCUCUGCUACUGUCGAAGGCGACCAUGUCUCUACUCCUGCUACUCCCGCUACCUCCGCUCAGCUCAUCGACCUAACCCCAGACUCUCUUCAUCUGCAGCCAGAGAACCUACACCUAGGAUCACUCACACAACUCGAGACCUCCGAAACGGAACAAGCAGCCCAAUCCUUUUACUCCUUUACAUCUUCCGCCUCGCAUCCAGGAGACCCCUCCGCCACUCACCCAUUCUUCGAUGACAACGAAGCCGAGCACCUCUCCACUGGCACCCUCACUCCCCGCUCCGAGCGCUCCGUCGCUACUGGUGCCUCGAUUGUAGAUAGUCACGCCGACGACAUUGCGAUUCUAAGCAUGCAGAACAGCGUGCAAAACGACACCGACCACGAUGCACGCUCAGAAGUCUUUUCUGAGGGCGGCUUCACCGAUGCUGGCUUCUCGGAGGCGGGCUUUAGUGAACUGGGCCAGGGUGACAGGACAGGUGUCAUGACGCCAAACUCGUGGACGGACGUGGGAAGUGAUGACGAGAGUGACUGGGGUGGUGCACAACACGGCCACGUGAGCCAGGUGCAUCAAUAAGUCAACUGGCGAGGAUCUUCGCAUUUUGCUUCGAAAUUUCAUUUAAGGCGUGGCGUUUGACGGGUUUCGAACUGGGAUGGGAUCAGAUGAAAUCGAUCUCUAAGC